AUGGUGGAGAUAGAGGCUCUUAUACGGAAACAAGAAGAUUUAUUAGAACGUGUUAAGAAGGCAUAUGCGAAUUAUAAAAAAUCACCUAAGGACAGAAUUACAGUGACAUACAUUGAGACAAGAACGGAAACUUUACAAAAGCUAUGGGAAAGCUUCGUAGAGGAUCAUAAUGAGAUUGCUUCGUCUAUAGAGAAGUCAGAAAGAGAAGAAUUUGAGUAUUUUGCAGAAGAUGUGUACACUACAUUCGAAGAGGUUUACAUGGAGUAUAAAACAAAACUUAAAGAUGAUUCGAGAGUUUGCAUGUUGAGUGCCCAGCCUUCAGCAUCUACAUCGGUAUCAACAAUCCAAAAUGCAACAACGCAGAGUUGCGAAGUUAAACUACCACAAAUACACCUUCCGAAGUUUUCUGGUGGUUAUGAAGAAUGGGAGACUUUUCAUGACAUGUUCCGAUCAUUGAUUCACAACAAUGCCAAUUUGAGUGCUGUUCAGAAGCUACACUAUCUCAAAAGUUGCUUGUCUGGAGAAGCGGAACAUCUGUUGAAGAACUUAUCCACUACAGAGACAAAUUAUAGCGAAGCAUGGAGUCAACUUACUCGUCGCUAUAGCAACAAGCGAUACAAUGCUAAUGAAGUCAUGAAGCGAUUAUUUUCACAAAAGACUUUGUUCUCUGAGUCUCCGACGGCAAUCAAACAGUUACUAGAUACAACAUCUGCGUGCUUAAAAUCGUUAGAAAAUCUAAAAAUUGAUACAAGUUCCUGGGACGCUAUAAUUAAUCACUUGGUGGUAUCAAAACUUGAUCAUGAGUCGCGCAAACUGUGGGAGCUUCAAAUGAGUGAAACCAAAUCUGAUGAGAUACCAACCUGGAGUAAACUAAAGGCGUUUUUAGAGACGAGAUUCAGAACACUAGAGAUGUUAGACGCAGGAAAGCCUACAACAAAGCAACUUACCAACAGUACGAGCAACAAACAAUUUAACAAAUCUAAAUCAUUUCACCACACUGUUAACGAUGAGAAGAAGUCUACUAACACAUGUACAAUGUGUGAAGGUCCACACACACUGUUUCAGUGCAAGCAAUUUGGAAAGCAAUCCCCCAAAGAGAGAUCUGAGUAUGUGCAAUCAAAGGGUUUGUGUUUUAAUUGCUUGUCUCCAACGCACCCCGUGAAGAGUUGUCACAUGUCUACCUGUUGUCGUCGCUGCGGCAGGAGGCAUCAUACACUAUUACAUUUUGAGAGAGGUACCAAUCAAGAUUCAAUUUCUAAUGAAUCUCCGAGCUUCGAGAAAAACCAGAACACAGUGCAAAUUCAACCAAACAGAGAACCUGAGACAAAAGUGGUAGCACAUUUUGCAAAAGAGAGUCACCAGAGUAAGGUAUUACUUGCGACGGCUUUGGUGAAAGUAAAAUCAACAAGUGGCUAUUCACUUACCGUUCGUGCACUCAUUGACCAAGGCUCUGAGGCUUCAUUUAUUAGUGAAGCAACUGCACAAGCACUCGGCCUUCAGCGAUCUUCUGUGAACGGCCUUAUAUGUGGAGUAGGAGAUGGCCAAACAAGAACGAAGAACAUAGUUUCAUGCGUGAUAGAAUCUAUUCAUCAACCUACCUUCUCCGUUCCAGUAAAAGCCUUCGUAUUGAAGAAACUGACUUCAUUUCUACCUUCCAAGAAGUCGAUGAUCUCAGACUGGCCUGAAAUACAGUUCUUACCUUUAGCUGAUCCGCAGUAUGGUACACCUGGAAAGAUUGACCUCAUUUUGGGAGUUGAGGUGCACAGCGAAAUCUUAAUAGAAGGGCUCGUGAAACAUCCAUCACUACGUGGUCCGGUGGCACAGAACACCCAAUUCGGGUGGAUCCUGUCUGGUAGACUCGGAGGUGUAGCACCGUCGGAAGAAGGAAAAAUAGUAAGUCUGCACAUUCACGUGAAAGAAGAUCAGUUUUUAAAACAAUUCUGGGAAAUAGAGCGAGAGCCUGAUUGCAUAGAAAAGAGAAUGACAAAAGAAGAGCAAAGAUGUGAAGAUAUUUACGAAGAGACAACUAUAAGAGACGAAGAAGGAAGAUAUCUAGUGAGGCUACCUUUUAAAAGUGCUAAUCCUGAAUGUCUGUAUGGAAGAUCAAAGGAAGUAGCCUUACGACGAUUCGAAUGGUUAGAAAAGAAAUUGUUGAAAAACCCCCACCUCCACAUCGAGUAUAAAAAAGUGAUGGACGACUAUCUUGAUCAAAACCAUAUGGUUAAAAUUAUAGAGGAGAAACAGUUGUCUGAUCCUUACGUCAUUUAUCUUCCACACCAUGCCGUAAUCCGUGAAGACAAGGAAACGACUAAGGUCCGAGUAGUUUUUGACGCUUCGAGUAAGGGAGUCAACAACGUGUCACUAAAUGAGAAUCUGCUGGUGGGACCUAAACUGCAGCAAGAUCUACGUCACAUACUCAUGCGAUGGAGACGUCAUGCCAUUUGCAUUGUCGCUGACUUAGUUCAGAUGUACAGACAGGUUCGAGUGAACGAGGGAGACACAGACUUCCAGAGAAUUUUGUGGAGAGCUAAUUCGAGUGAUCCCAUCCAACACUAUAAGUUACUAAGACUUACCUUUGGGACUGCCUGCGCGCCGUAUUUAGCAGUAAAAUCUCUUCAACAAUUAGCUAAAGAUGAGAAACUGAAGUACCCUAUUGCAUCUAAGAUUACGUUGGAGGAUUAUUAUAUGGAUGAUCUACUUACCGGUUGUGAAACUCAUGAGCAGGCCGUUGAAAUAUACGAGCAGAUGAACGAAUUGAUGAAAGCUGGUGGGUUUGAGCUGCAAAAAUGGUGUAGCAAUAGUGAUGAGCUACUUGAGCAUAUUAAAACAGAAAGUCAAAAGUCAAGUCAGUCUGUACUUAUCAAGUCAAAAGAUAUGAAAGUGUUGGGAAUCACCUGGAAUAAAAUAUGUGACAAUUUCGGAUAUACAUUACAAUUACCUAAAUUGAGAGAUACGGUUACAAAGAGAGGAGUGCUGUCUGACAUUGCGAAAUUGUACGAUCCAAUGGGUUGGAUAGCACCAGUAAUUUUCAUGGCAAAGGUUUUCAUUCAGAAAUUAUGGAAAUCUGGAUUAUCAUGGGAUGAGAACGUGACAAGAGAACUAUUUCAAGAGUGGCAAGAAUUUAGAGAAGAUCUGACAAAUAUAACGAAAGUUAUUAUACCUAGAUGGUUGCAAUCAAAGCAAGACGACAAAGUAGAGCUGCAUGUAUUCGCAGAUGCGUCUCAAGCAGGAUACGCCGCUGCUGUUUAUAUGAAAGCCAAAGAUAAGGACGGUCAUACCUCUGCAAAUCUCAUUUCUGCGAAAACUAAGGUAGCGCCUGUGGAGAAAGAAAUCUCCAUUCCCCGAAUGGAGUUAUGUGCUGCGUUGCUUGCGACCAAACUUGUUUAUGAGGUCGCACAGAUUAUGAAGGUGCCUAAGAAUCAGAUAUUCGCGUGGUCAGAUAGCACGGUUACGCUAGCGUGGUUAGCAGGAGAGCCAAGUCGGUGGACGACUUUUGUGAGCAAUAGGGUGUCAGAGAUACUUACCAUGCUAGAUCGUCAUCAAUGGGGACAUGUGAAUACCAACCUCAACCCAGCUGACUGUGCGUCCAGAGGUUUAUCUGUUGCAGAAUUGAUAGAUCAUGAAUUGUGGUGGCACGGUCCAAAGUGGCUGCAGGAAGAUACUUACCAAAAGAAAACUAGUGAACAGUUUGAGACGGCUGAAGAAAUGAAGGCAAUUAAAGUCUUAACUUCUACUAUUCAAAUUGAGGAGAAGUUCAUUUGGACAAGAUUUUCUGAGUUAGGUCGAAUGUUGCGAGUACUAUCCUAUUGUAAGAAAAUUUUAAAGUUGAGACUGCCUAAAGAAAAAAGAGAUACAACAAAAUAUGUGACAGAUAAAGAGACACAAGAAGUCUUACAAUUUUGUAUAAAGAAAACUCAAGGAUUAUAUUUUGAAGAGGAGAUUAAACAGAUAAAGUCUAACGGUUCUGUACGAAAAAACAGCCAGUUGCACACGCUGUGUCCCAUUAUUGAUGAGUGUGGAUUGUUGAGAGUUGGUGGGCGAAUUCAUGCUGCUAAAGUGGGAUAUGACAAGCGACAUCCAAUUAUAAUGCCUAGCGAGAGUCACCUCACGAAGUUAUUGGUAUUAGAUGCUCACUUAAGAACGCUUCAUGGAGGCCCUCAGCUUAUGUUGAAUUUAUUGAGAUCAAAAUAUUGGAUCAUUCGUGCUAGAGACUUAGCAAAGAAGUGUUACAGAACUUGUGUUAAGUGCGUUAGAUAUGCAAGGCAAAAUAACAACCAGCUAAUGGGACAGCUUCCAGAAGCCAGAUUAAAACCUAGCAGACCAUUUAAGACUGCCGGCGUUGACUUUACUGGUCACAUUAAUAUUCGAUUUUCACCUGGAAGAGGAGCAAAAUCUUAUAAGGGCUACAUUUGCAUAUUUAUAUGUAUGGUAUCAAAAGCUAUACAUCUUGAAGCCGUAUCGGAUUUGACAUCUCAAGGCUUUAUAGCCGCCUUUCGAAGAUUUGUGUCUAGAAGAGGCUAUUGCGAAACACUAUUCAGUGACAACGGCACGAAUUUUGUGGGGGCCUGUAAGGAAUUACAGCACAUGUUUGAUCGAUCCAUGUCACAAAUACCUGACGAAAUCAGUCAUUUGCUUGCAAAUGAGAAAACUACGUGGAAAUUCAUACCUCCCCAUGCCCCGAACUUUGGAGGGUUAUGGGAGGCAGGAGUCCGGUCUGCAAAGACACAUCUGAAGAGAGUGAUCGGUGAUUCUACCCUCACUUUUGAGGAAUUAUCGACAGUGCUGACGCAGAUCGAAGCAUGCUUAAAUUCGCGUCCACUGUCCUAUUUAAGCAACAACCCAGAGGACCCGUUGCCACUAACACCAGGCCAUUUCCUGGUGGGUGAGCCUUUGAUUGUAAUUCCGGAUGAAGAUUAUGAGAAAAAAAAUAUUACAGGAUUGCAGAGAUGGAAGCUUACACAAAAAAUGGUUAACGAUUUUUGGCGCAAAUGGUCAAAUGAAUACUUAGUGACGUUGAACCAGAGAUACAAAUGGAACACUACAAAGUCAGAGCCUCAGAUUGAUGAUAUUGUUUUUAUCCAGGAUCACAAUUUACCUCCAGCGAAAUGGUUAUUGGGUCGAAUUGUGGACAAGCAUCCGGGUAAAGAUGACAUACGAUCCAAGCGCGUACGCGAUACCGAGCUGUUUCCCAAUCGGCUUUUCGAUCCACCGGCGAAAGAUCCAACCAUUCACAACUACAUAAACACUGCACAUAUAGGCAGUUACUUUCAUUCCGUCUCAUCUUGGAAGUACAAGUGGAAGUCAUCGGUGAAAGCCCGGUUAAAACCGCCGCGGGCGCAGGCGAUCAAACCUGUCCGCCGAUUCUUGGAAAACUGUGCCAAGAUUAGCUUCCUUGCCAUGAACUCCAUUCGUCUGGGACCAGCUAACCGUGAAGAUAGGUAUCACACAGAGACAUCUAACGGAAUGUAUACUUACCAAUGA